AUGGACGCGGCCGUGUCCCUGCACCACCACGGGGCGCUCCCCGCCGCCGCAGCCUCCCUCCAGCCCCACCACCACCACCGCGCGCUCCACCUCAGGCACCCGCCUCCGGCCUCCUCCAUCUCCGCGCGCCUGACCGUGACCGCGCCGCCCCGCCGCUCCUCCUCCUCCUCGUCUGUCUCCGCCGCUCCGCCGGCGCACCCGGCGCGUGCCAGCACCAAAACCAUCACCAGCAGCCGCGCCGCCACGGGCUACGCGGCCGCGCUAGCCGACGCGUCGCUCCGCGCGGGCACGCUGCCCGGGGCCGCCCGCCACGCGCGCGCCCUGCUCCGGCGCCUGAAGGAGCCUCCCCGCGGGCAGCGCCUGGAGGAGCCCGACGCGCGGGUGGGCGCGCUGGUGCGGCUGCUCGUCGGCAAGGGCAAGGCCGGCAUGGUCGCCGACGUCAUGGCCGAGUUCGCCGCCCUCUGCGACCACCUGCUCGCCCCGCCGCCGUCUUCAGCCUCGUCGAGCAAGCGCGCCCAGUGCGCCCCCGCCUACUAG